GAUGAUAGUUUCCUGUUAAAAAAAGUAAACUCUCAUUAAUUAAUUAUUUGUUUUCUAAUGUAUAAAUAAUAGUUUGCGCAAGUCAAAAAAAUGUUUGUUUAAUAAAUAAAAUGUGCAUUUUAAUAUAUUACGUUUUAUAAAAUGUGUACAUGUUCGGUGCUUCAAUAAUUUUAUAAAAAAAGAAAAAGAGAAAGACGACAGAGUAAAAUUAUUAUUUAUUAAAUAAUAUUUCAAUGACAAUGUUAAAUGAAAGAUAAAUAUGAAAGCAAUAAAAACGAUGGAUAUGACAUUGCCAUUUACUUUGAAGCAAAAACAAGAAGUUAACGAAAAUGAAAUUGACGAUGAUGCUAGUUUGAAUGAACUUGAUAAUAUCUUGUCUAUGCCACUACCAUCAAUUACUGGAAACAAUUUUCUUUUGUCUUCUGCUCCUAAUCAUGAAUUCUUACGACUUACUGCAAUGGUACGUGCGGUGUACUUCUCGUAUCUUCAGAAAUGUUUACUUAGUAAUUACAUAGUAUGUUACAAUCAAAAGAACGAAGAGACUUUUAGUUAUGAUUUAAAAAAGUGCGCAGAUCAAAUGGAACUGAACGCGGUACGAUGUUCUUUAGAAGCUUCUUUGUAUAGACAACAUAUGCUUAAAAUGAUUUCAGAUAUUAAAUCACACACGUCUCAAAAAAAAGUAUAUAAACAAUUAGUUAUGCUUUUAGAGGCACCAUCAAAUAAAGUUGAUGUAGGUGUACAAACUAAUAGCCUCUGUUUAAAAAGUAAUUUUUGUGAUCAACAUAAAAGUAAUACCACGCAGGACGCUUGCAUUACUUCUAAUUACGAAGAAUUAAUUAAUCUGAAAGAGACAUUAUUUGUGGAUAAGAAGGUUCCUUAUGUAGAAGAAUCAGACGUUUCAUUGAUGCAAGAUAAUUCAAGUGUUAAAACUCUUUUAUUAAAAGAAGAGGAUACAGACAAACUAAUAUUCGAAGAACAAAGUCAAGAAACGACAAUUUUUACAGAAGCACUUUCAACAGCUAUUUCCAUUCAGCAGCAAACAGAGAGUGUUCCAAAUGAUGGUGAAAACUCGCAAGAUUCUCUUUUACAACACAUGGAAGAUAUGUUCUGUGAAAGUGAAGAUAGUAGCGAUCUAACAACGUUAAUCGAAAAACAUUCGGGCAUAAGUAAGGCUAGUGUCGAUAAGGAAAUCAAUAAUAUGAGCUUAAACACUGAUAACUCAUUAACUUCUAAUUUAAACAAACAUAUAGAAGAGAGUAAUAAUAUUCCAAAGAGUAAUGUCAAAACGUCUAAUCCUGUUCAAGGAAAAUUUAGUUUUAGUUAUUAUAAAGAAAUGAAAAAUAGAGCAGAAAAACCAACAGAAAGUAACAAAGAAGAAACAAUUGAGUGCAAACAAGAAACAAGUGAAAAUAAACAGAAGAAGAGAACGGAUGGUAUCUGGUUUGUCGAAAGAGUACAUCAGGUUUCGAAAUUGAAAACCAAAAUGACAGAACUGUCCAUAACAAAUUACCGGAAGCAUGGUAAAGUGAAAGAAAAAUUUAUCACAUUAUUUGGAGAAUUUGACGAAGAAGAAAUGAUGCCAGAUUCACCGAUUUGUAUAGAAGAACAUUUAACCGCAUGCAAAGAAAGAAUAGCUCCAUGGAUUGUUAAAUAUCUUAUGCCGUUUUAUAAAAAAAGACGAAUCAAAGAUCGUCAAUUAUUUAAAGCUGUAGCUAAGCAUAUUGCUGAUAUGCUUAUUAUCGAGAAUACAUUUCCUGAGGAAAAUUGUAUUAACAAAUAUAUAGACAAUUAUUUCCGGAAUAGAAAAUUCAUUAGGACGAGUCAAGAUAUAUAUAUGUAAGAGUUACAGAGUAUCCACCUCUGUAACACAUUAGAUGUAAGAAAAAAUACAUUUAUAAAUUAAUUAUUCUAUCGCCAUAUAAACAGAAAUUACUUCUUUUUUUCUAAUGUGUACUAGAAAUAGAAGA